AUGUUCUCCCUCAAGCCGCCCAGACCUACCUUCAGGUCCUACCUCCUGCCGCCGCCCCAGACUGAUGAAAAGGUUAAUUCGGAACCGAAGAUUAAAAAACUGGAGCCAGUCCUUUUGCCAGGAGAAAUUGUUGUAAAUGAAGUGAAUUUUGUGAGAAAAUGCAUCGCAACAGACACAAGUCAGUAUGAUUUGUGGGGAAAGCUGAUAUGCAGUAACUUCAAGAUUUCCUUUAUUACGGACAAUCCAAUGCCAUUACAGAAAUUCCAUUAUAAAAACCUUCUCCUGGGUGAGCAUGAUGUCCCAUUAACAUGUAUUGAGCAAAUUGUCACAGUAAAUGACCACAAGAGGAAGCAGAAAGUCCUAGGCCCCAACCAGAAACUAAAAUUUAAUCCAACUGAGUUAAUUAUCUAUUGUAAAGAUUUCAGAAUUGUGAGAUUCCGCUUUGAUGAGUCAGGCCCUGAAAGUGCCAAAAAGGUAUGCCUUGCAAUAGCUCAUUAUUCCCAGCCAACAGACCUCCAGCUACUCUUUGCAUUUGAAUAUGUUGGGAAAAAAUACCACAAUGAAGCCAGCAGUAUAAAUGGAAUACCCCCAGGAGGUGGAGCUGGUGGUGGCAGCAGCCAAAAAACUCCUCUGUUUGAAACCUACUCAGAUUGGGACAGAGAAAUCAAGAGGACAGGUGCUUUUGGAUGGAGAGUUUGUUCCAUUAAUGAGGGUUACAUGAUAUCUACUUGCCUUCCAGAAUACUUUGUAGUGCCAAGUUCCUUGGCAGACCAAGAUCUAAAGAUCUUUUCCCAUUCUUUUGUUGGAAGAAGGAUGCCGUUGUGGUGCUGGAGUCACAACAAUGGUAGUGCUGUUGUCAGAAUGGCUCUCAUAAAAGAUGUAUUACAACAGAGAAAAAUUGAUCAAAGGAUUUGUAAUGCGAUAACUAAAAGUCAUCCACAGAGAAGCGAUGUUUACAAAUCGGAUUUGGAUAAAACCUUGCCUAAUAUCCAGGAAGUACAGGCGGCAUUUGUAAAACUUAAGCAACUAUGUGUUAAUGAACCUUUUGAAGAAACUGAAGAGAAAUGGUUAUCUUUGCUGGAAAGUACUCGGUGGUUAGAAUAUGUAAGGACAUUCCUUAAACAUUCAGCAGAACUUGUAUACAUACUUGAAAGCAAACAUCUCUCUGUAAUCUUACAAGAGGAGGAGGGAAGAGACCUGAGCUGUUUUGUAGCUUCUCUUAUUCAAGUGAUGCUGGAUCCCUACUUUAGGACAAUUACUGGAUUUCAGAGUCUGAUACAGAAAGAGUGGGUUAUGGCAGGAUACCAGUUCCUGGACAGGUGCAACCACUUAAAGAGAUCAGAGAAAGAGUCUCCUUUAUUUUUACUGUUCUUGGAUGCCACAUGGCAGCUAUUAGAACAAUAUCCAGCAGCUUUCGAGUUUUCUGAAAUGUAUUUGGCUGUCCUGUAUGAUAGCACCCGGAUAUCACUGUUCGGCACUUUCCUGUUCAACUGUCCUCACCAGCGUGUGAAGCAAAGCACAGAAUUUGCUAUAAGCAGAAAUAUCCAGUUGGGUGAUGAAAAGGGCUUAAAAUUUCCAUCAGUUUGGGACUGGUCUCUUCAGUUUACAGCAAAGGAUUGCACUCUUUUCCAUAAUCCUUUAUAUGUUGGAAAGAGCACACCUUGUAUACAAAAUGGUUCUGUGAAAUCUUUUAAGCGGACAAAGAAAACCUACAGUUCCACCCUACGAGGAAUGCCAUCUUCUUUGAAGAAUGGAAUCAUCAGUGAUCAAGAAUUACUUCCGAGAAGAAAUUCUUUGAUAUUAAAACUAAAGCCAGACCCAUCUCAGCAACUGGAGAGCCAGAACAGUGGUGUGGAGCAGUACUUCAGAGACUGGUUCUCCAAACCCACUGACCUGCAUGGCAUCAUCUUGCCACGUCUGUCGGGAACACACAUAAAGCUGUGGAAACUCUGCUACUUUCGCUGGGUCCCCGAGGCCCAGAUCAGUGGAGGCGGCUUCAUCACUGCCUUUCAUAAGGCCUCCCUUCUGGUGGAUGAGAUCGACAUGCUCAGCAGGAUGCUCCGACAGCACCAGCGUGGCCCUCUGCCAGCCUGCUACGCACAGCCUGACCAGAGCAGGAUGUACUUCCAAGCCAGCAGCCCACACACCACCUCGGGAACCCCCGAGUUCCUCUCUUCUUCUUUUCCAUUUUCUCCUGUGGGCAAUCUGUGCAGACGGAGCAUUUCAGGAACACCAUUAAGCAAAUUCUUAAGUGGGGCCAAAAUAUGGUUAUCUACUGAGACAUUAGCAAAUGAGGACUAA